AUAAUGCAGUUCCAACAGUUCUGUACUUUCAAGCAACCUGCUCAGCUGCCUAGCCCCCUUAUCAUCAGUGCAGACCAAACGUUAGGUUCUGGUUGCAGCAGCAAUGUCUGCCCCUGCCAUGGCCGUCUUCUCCCUCUUCCUUCUGCUUCUCGCAGCCCCUGUCCUUGGCUUCACACGGAGCGACUUCCCUUCCGAAUUCGUCUUCGGAGCCGCCACCUCUGCGUACCAGUACGAGGGUGCUGUUGCAGAGGAUGGCAGGAGCCCAAGCAUCUGGGACACCUUCACUCACGCUGGGAACAUAGCAGACAAAAGCACAGGCGAUGUUGCUUCUGAUGGGUACCACAAGUACAAGGAUGAUGUCAAGCUCAUGGCUGACACUAACCUAGAGGCAUACAGAUUCUCCAUCUCUUGGUCAAGGCUCAUACCAAAUGGUAGGGGAUCUGUAAAUCCAAAAGGGUUAGAGUACUACAAUAACGUUAUAGAUGAGCUAGUGAAACAUGGGAUUCAAAUUCAUGUCAUGAUCUAUCAUCUCGAUUUCCCACAAAUUUUGGAUGAUGAGUAUGGAGGAUGGUUAAGCCCUAGAAUUGUGGAGGAUUUCACGGCAUUUGCAGAUGUGUGCUUCAGAGAGUUUGGAGACAGGGUCUCGUACUGGACUACGAUAGAUGAACCUAAUGUCGGCCCAAUCGGAUCUUACGACAGUGGAAUAUUUGCACCUGGACGUUGCUCCGAACCUUUUGGAGUAAUAAAAUGUACCGUGGGGAACUCAACAGUGGAACCGUACAUAGCAGCUCAUAACAUGAUAUUGGCACAUGCAUCAGUUACCAGACUUUACAGACAAAAAUAUCAAGCCGUUCAAAAGGGGAUUGUUGGCAUAAAUGUUUACUCCUUUUGGACUUAUCCUUUGACAAACUCUACUGAGGAUUUAGCUGCAACUAAAAGAUAUCAGGACUUUAUGUUUGGCUGGACACUGGAACCAUUGGUUUUUGGAGAUUACCCUCAAGUGAUGAAGGCAAAUGUCGGGUCUCGACUUCCAUCCUUCACAAAAUCUCAGUCGGAAUUUGUUAAGGGUGCUAUUGAUUUCAUAGGAAUAAAUCACUACUAUUCUGUCUAUGUUAACGAUCGUCCUCUAAAGCAAGGUGUUCGUGACUAUGCAGCAGAUAUGUCAGUUUACCAGAGAGGAUCUAGAACUGACCCGGCAACAAGUGAGUAUCUUCCGUCAGUUUAUCCAGACGACCCGGAAGGAUUACAGUUUGUGCUGCAGUACCUGACAGAAACUUAUGGGGGCCUUCCCAUUUAUGUCCAAGAGAAUGGUAAAGCAUCUAGCAAUGGCACACUCGAUGAUACCGACAGGGUCAAAUACUUGAAGAGCUACAUAGGGGGAACACUGACGGCAUUAAGAAAUGGCGCUAAUGUGAAAGGCUACUUCGCGUGGAACUUCCUGGACAUCUUCGAAUUCCUGGGCGGGUAUCAGUCAGGGUACGGCCUGCACCGUGUCGACUUCAACGAUGACGCACGGCCCCGUGAAGCCAGGCUCUCUGCCCGGUGGUACUCGAGCUUCCUGAACAACAAUGUCAUCCAUGCUCGCAAUGAGCUGAACAAUACAGGAAUCCAUGCUCAGCAGUGAGUUUAUAGUGAGAUGCACUGAGUUGUGCCUUAAUUUUAGGUAAAUAACUGAAAUCCUGAAUACGCUGGAUGAAAUAUACUUUUAUUUGUAGCCGGAUGUUGAUGGUUCAGCUAUUUGUGAUGUCAGGACGGCAGAAAAAUAAAUAAACUUUCAAACGGUAAUUUUGUCCA